UAUGGCGACCACAAGCAGCAGCGUGGGCCCUUCCACACUAAUACCAAAUCCGUUCACGCCGCUGGCAUUCCUCGAGCCGAAGCUCGCGUUUCAAGCGAGCUUCACAGUAUACGUUGUCGUUUGCUGUUUAGCGAUCAUAAUUUGGGAUAUCCUACACACCCUCUCGGCGGAUUACACGAUGGCAUUCAAGCAGCGGUUCACGAAGCCAACCUUGAUUUACUUUGUGUCUAGAUACACCACGCUAGGUUAUAUGAUUGGAAAAUCCAUUCAACUAGCCGCUGAGCUCCCCAAUUGCAAUAUCGUCGAGACCAUAAUGUGCGCAUUCUACACCCUCACGCAUGCGACCACCGGGCUGCUCCUCUACCUCCGCGUUUGCGCAGUCUAUGGUAAUCACCCUAUCACCCGCAUCUUCUUCGGGCUCACCUGGCUCGGCGUGACCGGCACCGCCGCACUGACAUUCGCCUCCUUCGUCGGCGUGCACGUUGGGUCGACCCAGUUCUGCUCCUCUCGCGUGACGCAGAAGUUCGUCGUCACCCCGUGGUGGAUGGACCUGGUGAACGACACCUUGGUCUUUUUGGCUAUUAUGUGGAAGCUGAGCUCGGGCGUUGGCUAUCGUGUUGAGGAGGAGAGCACUAGGCAUAGGAGGGGUGGUGGUGGAUCGAAGGAUGGUCAUUCUGGUAGCCCAGCGUGGUCGAUGCGUAGGCUCGACUGGCGGGCGCUAAAGUUGAUUAGCCGCCCACCGACCUUCCAGCGCUUGACGGACGUGUUCCUGCAGGACAGUCAAAUCUAUUACCGCAUUGCGGUUGCAAUGAACUUCGCGACCAUCAUCACCUACUUCGCUGCCAACAACCCGCCUGACUCGCCGUUCCGCAUCAUGCUCGUCUUCCCAAACACCAUCAUCGUCAACAUAAUGGCGUGUCGUGUAUACCGGAACCUCAAGGUCGGCGGCCCAGGAUUGCUGCCAGCCCCAAGCACGACUCCAGGUGCGGUUGAGCCAGUGGGUGAUCAGGGUCCCGGUACACGCGUCGACCCCAUUACGCCUGGUGCGGUGUACAGCAUGCGAAACCUCCACGUGCAUGUUGUCGUUAAUAACAAGACGUCUUUGCCCAUCGAAGACUGGAUGCGUGAUGUGCGCCACACUGGCGACCCUGAAUAUGCCACGCUGCCGGUUACUACUGCAUCCGGUUG